AUGGCAAACAAUACACCGCUCAAGGAAUUAACGAAUAUAGCUGGCAGUGACGGUCUCUCCGGCCUCCACAUCCCCACUAUCACUGAAGGCGCCGAGGAUGUUGCUGGCCGCAUUCGUCUUCAAAAGGACGACGGUAUAGCAAACUAUCGAUGGAUGGACAAAAUGCGCGGUAAAAUCCAAGCAUACGAAUACCUGUGCCACAUUGGUGAAGCCAAAGAAUGGAUCGAAGAUUGUCUUCAGGUGGAAAUCGAACCUAUUACUGAGUUGGAAGAAUCCAUGCGUAACGGUAUCAUUCUCGCCAAGCUUGCUGCCUGGUUCACCGAAGGCGUUGUUCGUAAAAUUUUUUAUGUAUGCUCAUCGUUAUGUGUUUUGGUGGUGGUGAAAAAGGUACACAGAUUGGAACUGUUGAGAUAUUGA